AUGGGAAAAUUAGUUUAUUUUUUUCUAAAUACGAUAGUAAUUGUGAGUGAAGUUAUAUGUGGACCUAAAGUGAAAAUAAAUCAAGGACUUCUAGAAGGAAAACAGUCUAUUACCGAAGAUGGAUUUGUGUUCAAUAGUUACCAAGGUAUACCAUACGCAAAACCACCAGUAGGAAGUCUACGUUUUAAGGGCCCUUUGCCACCAGAGAGUUGGAAUGGAACUCGAAUUGCAUCUAAAGUUGGAAACGCAUGUAUAUCUAUCGAAUCAAGUGAUUUAAAAGUUAUAGGUGAUGAAGAUUGUUUAUAUUUAAACGUUUACACGCCAUGCACUUCGGAUGUCUGUGAGCCUAAACUGCCGGUGCUCUUUCACAUACAUGGUGGCGGCUUAAUCGCAGGUUCAGGCGAUACAUUGAGAAAUGCGCCCGAUUGGAUCGUCGAACGAGACAUCGUCGUUGUGACCAUAAACUAUAGAUUGGGUUUAUUUGGAUUUUUGAGUUUGGAUAUCGGAGAAGCACCUGGAAAUGCUGGGCUUAAAGAUCAGGUUGCUGCCUUGCGAUGGGUAAAUGAAAAUAUUGCAUCAUUUGGAGGAGAUCCAAAUAAUGUGACAAUAAGUGGGGUUUCUGCUGGUGCAGUUAGUGUCAAUUAUUUAUAUUUGACAAAUAUUACCAAAGGAUUAUUUCAUAAAGCUAUCCAAAUGAGUGGAAGCGCUCUAAAUCCUUGGGCUUAUCAGGAAGACCCAAAAGAGAAUGCUUAUAAGUUAUGCAGAGUACUAGGUCAUGAACCAGCUGAUGAUAAAGACGUCUACAAUUUUCUUAUAACUAUUCCUGCAAUAGAUUUAAUAUUAGCAACUGGUACACCACCUAUAUCUACAAUAUCCUCCGAUGAAAAUUUGCAGCUCAGAAAUAUGAUAUUUUUACCAACCAAAGAAAAAGUAUUCCCAAAUCAAGAGUCGUUUUUAACAAAAUCUCCACUUGAAGUAUUUAAAUCAGGAGAUUUUCAACAAAUUCCUUUAUAUAUAGGCUAUUGCGAUGGUGAAGGUAUAUUGGGAAUACCAGAUGCAAGAAAUGAUCCCAUAGGAUUUGGAUUGAUGAAUGUAGAUUUUGAAAGAUAUGUUCCAAAAGAGUUGUGUUUAAAAAAGAAUUCGAAUGAAUCUCUUCAAGUUGCCAAUAAGAUAAAGGAGUUUUAUUAUCCAAAUGUAUCGUCAACCGGUGGUAAUUUUAUGAAUUAUAUUGACAUAAAAGGUGACACAUGGUUUAAAAGAGGAGUUAACAAAGCUGUGCAACUACUUAAAACUAAUUCAGAUGCUGAAUUGUACUACUACGUUUUCACCUUUGAUGGUUAUAGUGACUUCAAAAUAAUACUCAACACAACUCAUUUUAAAAAGGCAAUGCACGCCAAUGAUGAAAACUAUAUUUUCUAUUGCAAAAAUUUUCCAAAAGUAGAUGUGGAUUGUAGAUUAGUUCAUCUAAGGGUCAUGAGCAUGGUUGAAAAUUUUAUCAAGUCUGGAAAUCCUACUCCACAGACAUCUGAAUUAAUUCCUGUUAAAUGGUUACCAGUUACAGGCAGUGAAAAUCUAACAUAUAUGAAUAUCAGUAGUAGUUUAAACUUGCAAUUAAAUCCUGAACAUGACCAUAUGCAGUUUUGGGAUAAUUUAGAGAAAACAUAUUUAAAUUGUUAA